AUGUUUGCAAAAAGUCAAGCAUUGAAAAAACCCAAUGGUGUAAAGUCCUCUACAGAUGCACAAGUUAUGAUUUUGAAGCAGAGACAAGUUCGUGUGAUUACCUCCGAUGAUUGCAAGAUUUGUUCAAUCAACCUAUAUAGUCACCGUGAAAUCGUGAAUGCUGUUGGGAGGAAGACGGUGAACAGUGGCCCCGCUAUAAUGCUUGCUGCCGUAACUAUGCGCAGGAAUUUGAUUCUUCAUAACAGUAGCAUACCUUUUUCUAGUGAUCUCAAAGACAUUCUUCAUGGGGAUACACAUUCAAAUGAUGCAAAUAGCAGCAAUAAAGGUACCAAAGGAAUUCUGCUAGAGUUUAAUUUGUCUACCAGCAGGAACAAUGCUACAGUUCAUACUGACUUGGGAAAUCAGAAGUGCCUACUUCCAAAGACAAAUAGAUUAGAAUAA